CUCGACCCCACCGGCCAGUCCUCUCUGCGUCUGCCCAGCAACAAGCAAAGCUCGAAUAUCCCUUGCUUCAACCAAUCCCUUCCAUCGAAUCACUACACAUUCGCUCUGCGACUCCGAAGCCUGCGUUAGCAUUCCAUAGUCCUCUCCAAGCGUCCGAAUGAACCCAGCAACCAUCGAUCGCAUUGAUCUUCCCGUUGAGGAACUAAAGUGGCGCCUCAAUGUGAGUGGGGCCAAUGAAGCCUUCAAUUACUACCUCACGAUGGACGAGGGCCACGUCGCAUGUAUUCAGAUAAUCUACUCGACUCUUGGCUGGAGCCCCUCUGUCCAGGUCUCGGGGCGAUUUUAUCAUGCCAACGGCCAAAACUACACCAAAACCGCAUCAUUUGCUGGCACAGCCAUGGUGCUGUCUCCUGAUCGACACUCUGCCACCUGUGAAAAGUCGACGUUCUUCUUCAAUCCAGACACCUGGACAUGGACCAUCUCUUACCAGAGCAGCGCGCCUGACGAGCUGUCGAUGGAACUUGAGUUUGUUGCCACCGAUCAAGGCUGCCAAAUUAACGGCGGACAGAAGAAUUUCUUCAUAGACAAACCCGCCAACGGCUACGUGCUUAGCCAGUUUAUACCCAAGGCCAAGGUCAACGCUACCAUCAAGGUGGAUGGCCAGACUCUGACGGCGCCGCAUGCUCAAGGCGCCAUCCUGCGUUACAUUCACAACAAGCCCACACUCCCUGGUCGAUGGAACUGGGUCAACUUCCAGACGAACCAAGAUUCACUUUUGUUGCUCCAGUUUGAGAUGCCCGAUGGCUAUGAAUACGACAUUGACGUGUCGAGCGAAGGCAUCUUGGUCCUGAACGACAAGACCGUCGCGGUCACUCUCGAAAAUUGCGCCACUCACAUCGAUCCCGAGCCCGACAGCACCAACGGAUAUCUAGUCCCUUCGCGUCUGCACUACGAGUGGAUUGGGAAAACAAAGGAUGGCCAAGAACUCAAAGUCCUCCUCGAGACCCCGGCCGCACACAUGCGCGGCCGUAUCGAUGUGCUGAGCGAGCUGCCUUACUUUUUGCGAGUCUUUCUCCAAACAUUCGUGAUGGCCCCAUACAUCUACCAUUGGGUGGAAAAAGCCAAAGUUUCGGUCAAAAUCGGCGAUGAAGUACGCAUUCUCGAAGGUUCUGCUUUCUUGGAGACGACGUUUACGUACAAAAUGGAUGAAUGAGCCCGCCAACUUUAAGGCGCAAGGUUUUGCUCGAUCAAUUUACGUAAAUAUAGUUCUUUAAAACGU